AUGGAAAAUAGUGAAGAUGGCUCAAACUCCAAGGGCAUGUGUGAGAAGAUCUUCAGUUCUCUCUGCCCAAAUUUUCAAACAAAUCAUCACGGUCACAGACACCACAAACUAGAGCCAACUCCUACCUCUGUUGCCCCAAACACUUCACUGCCAGUGCCAACCCAUGAUCAUGCUGGCUAUUCUAACAGUGUCCAGAUCCAACUAACCAAUGUGUCUGGAGCUGAACCUGCGCCGACUGGAAUACCACGAAUGCCAAAGGCAGAGAUGAGCAUGGCCAACAAUGAUGCAUUCUCUGAGUACAUUAAUCGCACAAAAUUUAAGAUUAAAGCUAUGUCCUCCAAUGUUGGCAUCGAGAAGGUUGCUUCCAGAGCAGGUGAUGUUUAUGAAACAAAGCAAGAUGAUAAUGAAAAAGAUAUGUUUACGGAUUUUGUUAAUCGCGCUAAGUUUAAAAUUAGAAAGACAUCUAGCAUUGGAAGCAGAAGGAAUAUCUCCUUUAAGAAGUAG